UUAGCCGCCCCGCGGGGGAGGACGCGAACUACAGCGGCAGCUCAGAGCCCGGAUGGAGCAGCCAUUGGGGAAGUGUGCGGGGCUUUAACGUAACCGAGGAGGACUCGCUCGCUCUCUCUCUCUCCCUCUGUGGAAUAAAAAAAAAAAGAGACUAAGUAAGAGGCGAACGAAGAGAUAAAUACUCAAGAUCCACGGGGCUGCCACGCGGCGACAAGUGCUUCACCUCGGGGGGAAAAAAACUGAACUCGGACUGGACACCUUUGGGAUACAGUAUCCGAGGCGCCUGACUUGAAACUGUGGAAGUUGGGAGAAUACUCAGCUGAGCCUGCGCUACAACUGCUAGCCACAAGCUAAGCGGCGCUGCUAGCCCCCCUUUGAGCUAACUCCUACUGAGCUGUGUGAACUUGCUCACAAAUCACGGGGGUCGAAAUUCAGUCACAGGCUCGGGCUCCGCGAGAAAACCAGGGACUUGCUUAAUGAAUUAUGUCUACCACAAGCAUUGACCCUCAGAGAUCAAAGGGACAAGCGUCUAAAGUGCAAAAUGGUUCACUACAUCAGAAGGAGACUGUCCAUGACAACGACUUUGAGCCAUACCUUCCUGGUCAAUCUACGCAGAACAACAGCUACCAGUCCAUCACCGAUCCCUACAUGUCUAGCUACUACGCUCCCUCCAUUGGUUUUCCUUACCCACUGAGUGAGGCUCCCUGGUCCACCGGUGGGGACCCCCCGAUUCCAUACCUCACGCCCUAUGGACCUCUGAGCAAUGGAGACCAUCACUUCAUGCCGGAUACCGUGUUUGGCCAGCCAGGAGGACUGGGAAGCAGUAUCUACCCCCACAGGUUUAACUUUUUCCCUGAAAACCCUGCUUUCUCUGCUUGGGGCACGAGCGGCUCCCAGGGCCAGCAGACUCAAAGUUCAGCUUAUGGUGGCAGCUAUAGCUAUCCUCCCAGCUCCCUUGGGGGCACCCUGGUGCCUGAUGGUCAGACAGGGUUUCAUAGCGACACCCUGAACAAAGCCCCUGGUAUGAACAGCCUAGAACAGGGGAUGGUUGGGCUGAAGAUCGGAGGGGACGUCUCUGGUCAGGGAUCGGGAGUCAAGGCGGUGGGGUCUGUGAUCGGCGGACCCGGAGUGGCGGCCACAGGGAACGGAGCCACACCUAUAGGAAUGCCUCCACCCAAACCCACCUCCUGGGCCGCCAUCGCCAGCAAGCCUGCCAAACCGCAGCAGUUGAAGUCCAAGGUGAAGCCAGGCAUGCCCAAUCCGGGGGGGGCUCUCCCCCCACCGCCCAUCAAACACAACAUGAAUAUUGGGACCUGGGACAAGGGCCCAGUCACUAAAGUAGCCACAGCCCCACUGCAGCAGCAACAGCAGCCUCUCGGGCUGCCUCACGCCAUGCCACCUCAAGGCCCCAUGCAGCAAGGACACAUGCAGCCGCCUCCCCCCCAGUCGUUAGUGCAACCCCAAAUGCAGCCCAUGGCCUUACAGCCUCAGCCGCCGCACCACCAGCACCAUCAGCCGCCACCGCAGCCCUACCAAAACCACACCCAGCCACCUCAACCCCAAACCCGCUGGAUCGCGCCGCGCAACCGCAACCAAGGCUACGGGCAGGGGGGCCUCGGCCCAGACGGGAGUGGCAUGAUGGGAGUUGUCGUCGGUGGGAACAAUGGCCCCCAAACAUGCGCCGGUCAGGGACCCGGUGGAGAAUCCCACCCGGUGCUGGAAAAGCUGCGUGCCGCCCAUAGCUACAACCCCAAGGACUUUGACUGGAAUCUGAAGAACGGCCGCGUUUUUAUUAUUAAGAGCUACUCCGAGGAUGAUAUUCAUCGCUCCAUCAAGUACUCCAUCUGGUGCAGCACGGAGCACGGCAACAAGCGGCUGGACUCGGCCUUCCGGGCAAUGAAUGCUAAGGGUCCCGUGUACCUGCUGUUCAGCGUCAACGGCAGCGGCCAUUUCUGCGGCGUGGCGGAAAUGCGCUCGCCGGUGGACUACGGCACCAGUGCCGGGGUUUGGGCGCAGGACAAGUGGAAGGGCAAGUUCGACGUGGACUGGUUGUUCGUUAAGGACGUGCCCAACAGCCAGCUGCGCCACAUCCGCCUGGAGAACAACGACAACAAGCCAGUGACCAACUCCCGCGAUACCCAGGAGGUUCCUCUGGAGAAGGCCAAGCAGGUGCUGAAGAUCAUCGCCACCUACAAACACACCACCUCCAUUUUUGACGAUUUUUCCCAUUAUGAGAAGAGGCAGGAAGAGGAAGAGGAGGUGCGCAAGACUUUUGAACCUGCUCAGAUACAGAACCGCUCUCGGUUGGAUCAGGAGCGCCAAAACCGGAACAAACAAUAGAGGACAUUUAUCCAUGGCUUGAUCAUUUACAAUAGGACUCGAUUUAAAGACAAGAAGAAAAUGAAAAAUGCAACCAAGCCCCUCAUUUCUGUUUUCUAUUUAAUCCUGGUGAACGUUUUUUUUUUUUUUUUUUU